AAAAGGUAAUGUGUCGAAACGUCCCACCUACCAAGUAGAGGGUUACUUGCCCUUGCUGACACACAGGCCAGAUUGCUUACGGCAAAUAAAAAGAAUUCUGCAGUUCUGUCAUUUGGGAAUCUGAAACUUAUAUCAUCAACAUAGUGCAGUAUACAUGUAGUCCAUUUCCAAGUCACAAUGGGAGAUGAAGCAGCUAGCAAUGUAGUGGAGCCAGCCUAUUUAAGUGAUGAAAGAAAAAAGGAUGGCUUUGUGCAUGUGAUUGUCAGUGCUAAAGGUUUGAAAACUGGCAGGUCAAUGAAAGGACUAAAAUUCAUCAGAAAGGCAGAAAAUGCAGAAGUCAAUGCAACAUUUGAAGAAAGAUCAUUUGAAGUCACAGUCACUGGGAAGGCUAAAGGAGACCUGAAGGGGAAGUGCUACCAGCUGAAGAUCAAGAAGCUACCGUAUGAUAUUGUCAAGGAAGACAGUUAUAUGGAGGUUGAAGAUGACAGACUUGUACUGUAUUUGAAAAAAAAGGAGAACAAGUCCUGGUACCCUGAACUGGAGUCGGGGUUAGAGACCCAAGAAGAUGAAGAUUAGAGAUCCAAGGGGGGGGGGGGGGGGGGGGGUGGGGGGGGGGGGGGGUGGGGUGAGAAAAGGGACUUAUGAUAAAUGCAAACCAUGCAUUCACCUUACUGAGCUCCGACUCAAGACUAUAAAUUCCUAAAUAUAUGCGAGGAAUCUAUUAUUGUGUAAUUUUGCGAGAAGCAUCACUUGCAAAAUAAAAUUACUUGCUUUUAUAUUUUUAUUGUUUAUAUACAUGUAAAUACUCUUGAUCAACAGAGCAUUUGUGAAAUUAUGUUUUUGCGAUUUGACAUCCGAGUCAUUUUGCGAUAUCAAGUACUCGCGUAUACUGAAGAAUCUACAGUUUGAUACAUAAAUUUCAUUGUUAGAAUAUUUAAUGUUUGAUGUCCCUUUAAAACACAGGUUUUGUUCUGGACUGUUAUGUGCUGCGAUACACAGACUUGUUACUAUAUAUACAUAAGGGUUGUACUACCAAGUUGUUAUGAAUUCAUAUUAUAUUUACUGAAGCUGCUGUUUAUAGUUAAGAUUAAUGUACACAUGGUUUUUUUGUAAGUACAUGUAUCUGUCAGGUGUUUAGUUUUCUGAUUUUAAAUGGAUUAAUCAUUGUUGAUUAAGUUUUCACUUUUUGUCAAAUGCAAGUAAAACUGUGUUAAUUGCAGUUGUUGUCUUACUUUAAUAAUAAUUGUUUGUUGCAAAACACAGGAUACAGGGUAUGAUACUGUACAUCAAUAUAGAUUUUUUUGUAAAUGUGAAAUUAGAUCUGCAUGUAUAAGGCUACAAUGGAUUAAAAUUUUAGUAUUACUGACUGUAUGUAGAGAGAAUAGAUGGCAGCAGAUGUCAUGAAAGUGUUUUUUCCCUGCAGAACAAAGUGGUAGGUGAUACAGAAAUGCAAUUGUGUGUUCAUUUUUAAAACAAUAUAUAUAAAAAAAAAACAUGGGGGGGGGGGGGGGUAUUUUUUUUAAUGGCAUUAUUAAUCACAGCAUUUGCAUAAUAGUUAUUGUGUUGAUAUCAAUUAUGAAUUAGCAACAUUAUUUUUUAGUUUUUUAUUACACUUUUUGAUCUUAUGUUUAUUGGUAGAAGUGCAAUAAAGUAUUUCAAAUUA